AUGGCUUCGUCGUCUCCUCCUCCGCAGUCAGAUCGCCUCUCGCCACCUCCUCCUCCUCCGUCGCCUCCUCCUCCUCAUUCGUCGCCUCUCACCGCCUCCUCCUCCCUCCGCUAUGGAAGGUCUAAGCAGAUCCAGCCACCGCCACCGCCGAUUCCCUUUUUCUCAUAUCUCAGACCUCAUGGGGCAGAUUCAGAGCGGGCGGAAGUAGCUGAGGUAGACGAAGCCGAAGCUGAAAUAGACGAGGCUUUGAAAUUGGCUAUUGAGGAAGCCGGCUUCAAUUCAGACAACCCAUUGUCUACUUCGGGCCGAGGAGACCUUCCGUUUAACGACAUUUUUACUGGUUUAGAAGACCUUCCUGGUGCAUACCCCGAAGAGAUGGCUGGGUUAAACCUUACACAACUCGCCAAAAAGAAAAAUGCGGAAAGAAUGGCCGCGUGGCGAAGAGUAGAGGCCAUUCCAUCUGAAGUGCCACCUGCCGUCGAAGCUCAGCCCUCCCUGCCUGUUAUCGAGGAAGAGACAGCUCAAACCCGAAGUGCCGAGUCCGAGGUGGUUGUGCAAGCCGAUCAAGAGGCUGAGAAAAGGGCAGAGAAGCGUCCUACUGAGGUCGAGGCCAGCUUAGAAGAAAACUGUGCUAACAAACGACUGCAUUUAGAGGAGUCAGAUACGGUCGGGAGAAUAGCCGAGACAGGCUGUCGCCAGCAUGACGCCGUCGAACGACUUGGCCGUUUACAAUCGGAAGUAGAGGGCCAGAGGAGCAAGGUCGAUUUUGAAGCAGCGAGGGCGAAAAUGGAAGCUAGCGCGUCCAUCAAAAUUAAGAAGCCCAAUGCUGCUAUCCGAGAUGCCAAUGCUGCUUUGGAGGUUUCAAGUAUCAUUUUUCAAGGAGCUCUUUCAUCAGCCUUGCCUGUUCUUCCUUCCAUCUUGGAAGAGAAAUAUCCUAAGUUGCCCAACGCUCAACAGGUUUUCAUGGAGAGAGAACUGAAUACAAAUUCUCCAUCUCUUCACUCGUCUUUUCUCUCGAACAGCAGGGUUGUUGGUCCUAUGUUCUCAUCUACCUCAGGAUACUUCAAUGAUCUUUAUCUUUCCUCCAUUGCACCUCCUGAAAAGCAUUCAAGAAAGUCUCCCUUUUCAACAAAUGCUGGGGCAUCAAUGCCACUAGCUCCUUGUCAUUCUACGAUGCUCCAAUCUGUAGCAUCAAGCAAAAGUUAUUCCUUGUCUACAGAUUCAUUAGCAGAUUUCUUUGAUUAUCCUGUAAAUACUUCUAGCAGGAAAAUUCAAAUUGGAAGCAGCAUGAAUGGUGGUUGUGCCAUGGCAACUGAAGACCUUAGUAAACAAAAUGAUUGGCAGGAUUGGGUUGACCUAAUAAAUGAUGAUGAUUCAUUGAAUUCUGAUUUGAAUGUAAUUUUGAUAACAUUGUUGAAGAUCCUGAGCUAA